AUGACGAUAAAUUCGAAGAAAACAAAAGAUAUGUGGAUAUGUUUUAACACAGCAAUACCGGCACCAGAACCAUUGGUCAUUGGAAACGAGGUAGUGGAAAGAGUAAAUACUCAUAAACUGUUGGGUGUCUGGCAUCAAAACAAUUUGAAAUGGAACUGUCAUGUUAAGAACAUUGUAAGGAAAGCAAAUAAACGAAUGUUUAGUCUGAGAGAAUGCCGUAGGGCGAAUCUUUCUCCUGAGGUCGGUAUUACAUGUUAUGAAUCCAAGAUUAGACCUGUUUUAGAAUAUGCAGCUCCGAUAUGGGGUGGUUUACCACAAUAUCUCAUUGAUGAAAUAGAGAGCAUUCAAAACAGAUGCAUCAAAAUCCUCGGCACAUCUCGGUGCAACUUUGAAACGCUGGAACAAAGAAGGGCACACCUAACUGUUAAGGAAUACCAAAGAAUUCUAAGUGAUCCGACCAACCCAUGUAAUAAACUUAUCCCCCAACCUUUUACCCAUGAACACGAUCUAAGAACAACAAGUAAUCUACCAUAUGUUGUAUCGUAUACUAAAAGAUACCGGCAAUCCUUUAUACCUAGAGCUAUAUCCCUUUUAAAACAGUCCUAA